CGUUACAGCACUAUCGCAAGUCAGGCACGAGCGGCACCAGAACUACUUCUCCUCCUCCUCCUCCUCCUCCGGCACAUAGAACAUCAUUCAGACAGGAAAAAACGGUUUCAGAAGUCAAAAUAAUGUAUUACAGGAUCCUUGCUUCAUUCUGUCUGCUGGGCAUGGCCAACUCUCAGACCGUAACCAAGCUUAGAGCCUGCUUGACUGAAGAUCAAACUUUAAAGAUUGACUGCGACUUCACUCCAGAAAAGCAGACCACCACACCUAUAUGUACCUUUGAAGCAGAUAAAAAAGUGGUGGCCACUACUAAUAACGUCACCAAACCUGUGGAUCCCACCAUUAAAAAUCCAGGCCAAGCCAGUCUCAAAGAGAAUAAAUGUGAGUUGAUCUGGCCACUUUUUUCAGAAGACGAGGGCAAGAUGUACAACUGCACCAUCCAAUACGCGAAGCCUGUGUUGGCUACUACAUCGGGAAUACAGGUGGAAAAAAAAGAGAUAAUUACCUGCUCUGCUGGCAAUACUCUGAUGCAUGGUGGUGCAAUUCUGCUGUUGGCUUUUGUCCUCCCCUUGCUGUCUGGGCUGCUGUGAGCCAUCAGGAAGAAUGUUGGAGAGUAAUACAGCCUUAAACAUUGACUGCUGGCCAGGUCGUGGCAGUGAAGCCAGAGUUUCCGCCCUGCACUGAAGAAACAAUCUGCUCUUGCUCCUGCUCCCGUUUCUAAACUUUAAGUACUUUUAAAUGAUGAGGCUAGUGCCUGUAGUCUUUAUUUCUAUGUACUUCUGUAGUCUGUAUUGGUGACAAAUCACUGUUGAUGCUAGGAUUUUCUGUGUAUUAGCUGUGGCGUCUUACAGCAUGCUGUAUUACAUCAUAUUACAUACCAUAUUAGAUAUACGCAAUGUGAAGCAUGUGCAUACUGUUUGAUUAUGUUGAUAUAUGUAUGGAUUGGCAUUCCGAAAACAAUUUUUUUAUGUUUCAAUACCAUUAUAUUGUUGAUUUAUUUAGAUUUUUACUGAGUGUUGCAAGUGAUUGACUGUGUACUGUAGCUUGUCUGAGCUUGUUUAAAGAAAUAAAAUGCAUUUUUGUGCCAUAUUCAAGAAAUAUCU